GCAUUAUUAUUUAAAUAGAUUUAAUAUAUAUAUUUAGGGAACGUAAAUUAAAAUGAAAUUUUAUCGUUGAUAAAUUUUCGGCAUUCAAGAAACGUGCAAAAGUUGAAUCGUUCUGCCUGUAAGAUCGCUCGACUAUCACUUUCUCUUGAACUGCUCUCUUGUUUUUUGUUGAGUGAUUCUUUCUCUCUCUCUCCUCUUUCUCUUUCCCAUACUGCAUUGAUUAGCAAAGAACGACAGAUGAAUCUCGUAUUCAUUUCUCCUGUUUUUUUCAGAUGUUGGUCAAUGAUAAUGUAGGAAAAAUACGCUAUUUUAUAUAGAAGAUAAAAAACCGAAAAAUGUAGUAAAGGACCCAUACGUUUUUUAACUAAAUCACAAAGUAUUCACAGAAUAUUCACGAGAAAAAAAACAAGCACUUUAACAAGAAACUUUAACAGAAAAAAUAUCGCAAUUUAGUUCCGUAACAUAUUCGAUGAAAAAAGUCGCUUUCUUGAAGAAAGAUCAACUUAUUUCGCUCGCAUAGUGAAUAUAUUGAGUUAUGCAUGGUAUUCUUCCACUUAACUUUCCAAUUCACAAACAUCUGUCGCAAAUGUCACUUGCUGAAGAUUUUUGAAGAUUAAAUCUAUUCGUUAAGCACGAAUUCAAUUCCGUAACGCACUUAAUGCGACGAUAUUCAAUAGUCAUUCUUGUACAUCACGAUGUUUCUGACUUUUGUAUUAAACAGGAUUGUAAGUAGCACAUAAAAGGCAAAGAUACUGCAAUGGUUUACUUUAAAUUUUGCAUUUCAAUAAAAAAUUAAUAAAUAUGCUUCAUCGAUUUAUAUCUAUUUUAUAAUUACGUUAAACUUAUGAGAUCAUAUACAUAUACAUACAUAUACAUUUGCGAAGCCUUCUCUCGUUUUCUUCGGCAAGCGAUGCAGAAAAACGGUAAAUUCAGAUAUUUAAUUUAUCCGUAAUUGUUCUAUUAAUUUAAGUAAACAAACAGGUAAUUGUUUCAGUUCAUUCAGUGCAGUGUUUCAGUCUACGAAACAAUUUCUCUCGUUCCGCUUUCGAAAGUAUCUCAGUUCAACAUCUAGGACUGAUCCGAGACCGAAACCAACCCGAUUGCAAUGCGGGCGCGAAGCAAGCGAACGCGCAAAGUGGGGAUGCAAAUCGCAGAACGAUAGCGGCAGCAACUCCCCGGCGCGCCGUCAUCGGCACCCGGAAGUGCCUCGAAUAUCUCCUUGCGCCGAUAAUAGCGAGAUGUAAUAAAACCGGCGCUCAUGCAUCCAUUAGAAUGCACUCGCGACUCGGGAGAAAAGGGGCCAGCGAGACUGCGGUCCAAAUAGAAAGAGAGAGACAGGACUUUCGGCAAAAGGGGGGCGCAGUUGAGAGAAGGGAGGGUCGGGAAAUGUGUGCAGCAACAAGGACCCACCAAGGUGGUGGCGAGACCGUCGAGCGCAACAGGACCCGUUUCGGGCCCGCAGUCACGUUUUACCGUCGUCGCGACGCGCUGUCGCCAAAGCUGAAGAGGACGAAGAAGAGAACUGAGAGAGGAAGGAAGAGAAGAGCAAGCCUCUGCAGGAAGAACUUUGGGACAAAGAUUUGAAAGGGUUUGAGAAAAUUUUCGAGACACCCUUCAGGAUGCAGAGGACGGAAAAGCACGUGGUCCUCCGUGGUCUUUUACUGCUGACCCUAGUGACCUUGAGCAGGGCGCAGUUUCGGUGCCCGGAAGCCAAGGGUUUUUUCCCCGACCCGGAGCAGUGCGAUCUCUACUAUGCCUGCAUUGAUGGCCAGGCCGAGGAGAGGUUGUGCAAGGAUGGUCUCGUCUUCAGGGACGAUAAUCCGAAGAAAGAGCUAUGCGACAUACCAGCGAACGUGCCCUGUGGCGACCGUACUCUUUUACAGGAGCCGCAUCCCAGCAAGGACUGCCCUCGCGCAAACGGCAUCUUCAGCCACGAAGACCCGACCGCGUGCGAUCGUUUCGUCAACUGCAUUGACGGGGUGGCGCAGGUGGUGCCGUGUCCGCCCGGAUUAAUUUACGAGACCAAGAUGUCGAGUUGCGUCUGGCCAGCAGACGCUAGUCGCUUAUGUGAGAACAUGAAACGCGACGUUUUAGACGACGGUUUUGUCUGCCCGGAUGGUGACGUCGCUGGACCAUCCGGCAGAAUCCUGCCACAUCCUACGUAUCCGCAUCCCGAUGACUGCGCCAAAUUCUAUAUCUGCAAGAACGGCGUGGUGCCACAGAAGGGUCAAUGCGAACCCGGUACUGUGUACAAUGAAGAAAGCUUCAGGUGCACCGAACCGGAAUAUGUGCAAGGAUGCGAGGAUUACUACAAGCGCAAGAACUGAAGUAGAGGAUUGAAGAUACCGCACAGUUAACCGCAGCUACGUGUGUAACGCUCAUCUUUUUACUUCUAGGAACAAUAAACGCGUGUAAUAUGUAUGCUUACGUAAAAACCACGUAGCCUUUACGAGAGCGAUUACGCCCUCUCCGCGACAAUUACUACCCCUUUCUCCUUUUACGUAAACAAAUUCGUAUUCGGAAAAUUCGUAACGAAGCUGCCAGUCGCGGAUCACUAACUCACGGAAAGAAAACCCGCAAAUGCGACGAUAUCAACUUCUAAUAUUCGUUAGAUAAACUAUCUGCACUCCGAACCGGUCCGACUUUACAUAAUUAUCGAUUAUACCUACGUUAAUAAAAUUUUAUUGUAAAACCGCGUGGGCACACAUACCCGUACGCAAUUCCGCGAUUAAAUAACCGAAGUAAUAAGAUUAUUUAUUUUAGUCCAAACGAGAAUUAACUCUUUCACUCCGAACGCCACUUUAGAUAACAUCAUUUUUAGCUGAUAUAAGAGAAUUAUGCUAUAUUAAAUCUUAAUACAUUUAUGUGAUUACGUUCGUAUAUUUGUGUUUUCUACAGAGUGCCCAUGAAAUCUAGUUGGAUAUAGAUUUGAUUACUAAGACUUUGAUGAAAAAUUGUUCAAAACUUGAUUAAUGAAAAAUGUUAAUUAUAUUUUUGUAGAAAGCUUUAAUGUGUUAAAAAUAAUUGCAUUGAUCAUAAGUUAAGAUCUUUAUUUUCACACUUAACUAUUAUAGAAAAUUGCUGAGGUGUCUAUACUUUCAUUCAAAUAUAAUUAUGAAAAAAUUUAUAUACAUAAAAGAUACAUGCAGUAAAAAAAUAAUAAAACAUACAUGUAUUGCAGCAUGAUUGUAUCAUUUACCUUAGUUCCCAAAGAUAUACACUUUGAAGUUGUUGAAAUAAUAAGUCAAAUAGUAGAAAUCCGAAAAAGUUAAUUAAGCGAUGAUGAUGAUUAAGAUUUCUAUUGAGAUGAUCAAAUAAUUUUCUCUCGUCGAAUGAUAGAUUCAAAUUAUAUAACCAAAAUUAUCUAUUGUAUCUUACAAUGAAUUGACUUGACGUUUUCUAAUGCAAAAACCUGGACAUCGAAAAAUCUCUCAUCCAAUCUUCAUCACAAAAUCGCAUCUUCGAACAUAUUACACAUUGGCGAAUCGAAAUGUCAACCUGAGAAUUAAUUAAGUCAUUCGUGAUAAAAUUAUAUUGCGCAAUAUAUCGCUUUAUUAAACUUACAACUUCAACUAUAUCUGCGCGUGCGCUUUAUUAUAUAACGUAUUCUUUAAGUUUAGACAUUUAAAUAAAACAAAAAAGAUCGAUUAAACGGAAAUUAACAACGUGUACAUACAUGUUUUACGAUAUUCGCUUUACGAUAUUUUAUCAAACUUAUUUUAUUUUUCAC